AUGGCUCCUUCCAACCUUCCCGCCAUCUUCAACCCCACCCAGCAGGACAUUGAGAUGCUCCUGGCUGCUCAGUGCCAUCUCGGCAGCAAGAACCUCCAGGUUCACAUGGAGCCAUACCUGUGGAAGACCAGGCCCGACGGUGUCAACGUCUUGAACAUUGGCAAGACCUGGGAGAAGAUUGUCCUUGCCGCGCGCAUCAUCGUCGCCAUUGACAACCCGGCCGACAUCUGUGUCAUCUCUGCUCGUCCCUACGGACAGCGUGCCGUCCUCAAGUUCGCAUCGCACACCGGUGCCACCGCCAUCGCUGGUCGUUUCACCCCCGGUAACUUCACCAACUACAUCACCCGUUCCUUCAGGGAGCCCCGCCUGGUUAUCGUCACCGACCCCCGCACCGACGCCCAGGCCAUCAAGGAGGCUUCCUACGUCAACAUCCCCGUCAUUGCCCUCUGUGACGGAGACUCACCUACCGAGUACGUCGAUGUUGCCAUCCCCACCAACAACAAGGGUCGCCACGCCAUCGGUUUGAUCUGGUGGAUGCUUGCCCGUGAGGUCCUCCGCCUCCGCGGCACCCUCGCCAACCGCGAGACCGAGUGGGACGUCAUGACUGACUUGUACUUCUACCGCGACCCCGAGGCUGAGGAGAACAAGGACAGCGCUGGUGUUGAGGAGGCUAAGGUCCCUGGUGCCGACGAGGUUGGCCCUGGUGCCGUCGCUGAUGGCUUCACUAGCGAGUGGGAGGUCUCCGGCGCAUCUGCUGGUGCUUUCACUGCCCAGGCCGCCGCUGCCCCCGGCACCAGCUGGGACGCUGACACCGCCGACUGGGCUGCGUCUGGCGAGGCUCAGACUGGCAACGAGGGCUGGGGUGCUGAGACUGCUGCCCCUGCUACCACUACCCAGUGGUAG